CGGCGGCCAUGACGGCGCGGCGGGGCCCGGGAUGGCGGCGGGAGGUGCUGGGGCCCAGCCCGCACUCCGUGGCGCUGAGAGCCAAGCCUCCUAAAGAACGAAGAAGUGAAAAUUUUCUCGUGGCCCGCAGAGAGAGAGAACAGGAGCUCCUGGAAUACGCCGCUCUCCUAAAGCUCUACAACCGCUGCCGCGGCGUCCACGAGUGGCAGCAACGCAACGAGCAGAAAUGGCUGCACAGAGCUGUGCAGAGAAAGGUUGAGGCGGCGAUGCAGGAGUAUCAGGCAGGGACCGAUGACAGAAGAGAGAGGCUUCGCGGGCUUCUGGAGGCCGAGGAAAACAAGUACUUUGCUGAGAUGGAAUCAUUUGAAGAAACUCCGCUGGAGAAGCAAGCGAAAAUGAGGGAGCGAGCCAAAUUAUUGAGAGAGGAGAGGGAGAAAGAAAGACAGCAACUGGUGGCUGAGAAACGGGAGCAGCAAUUCAGAGAACAAUGCGAUGAGCUUCGCGUGCAGCGGGCGAAGAGGCAUCAGAAGGAAUUGUGUACGGACCGGCUGGCCCAGCUAACUCUGAAGGAGGAACUGAAGAAGCAACAGAAGGAGGAGGAGCAGAUGUUCGCAGAGCUUUGGAAGGAAGACGGGUUGGCUAAGGAAAGGCGAGAGGCGGCGGAUGUGCAGAAAUUAUCCAAACAGAAUCGGGAAAUCCUGGACGUCCUCAGCGCCCAGGUAGCAGCGCUCGGGGCUCACAAAGAGGAGGCGAAGCGGCUGAAGGAAGAAGAGGCUCGAUUGCUGGAAGAACAACAGCAGCUGCUGAAACGAGAAGAUGAAAAACUUCACAUGGAGAAAUUACGGAAACAGAAGGAGUGCAGGGAUACGUUGCUCAGCGCAGCAGAGGACAAGAGGAAGCGGCUUAACGAAGAAAAAGAAGGCGAGCUUGCCCUGGAGAUGAAAACCUUAGAGAAAUCUCCUUGGAAACCUGAGGAAGACCCUGAGGAGAAAACCAAAAGAAAACAAGAGCUGUUCAAGGAGCAACAGGCUUAUCGGGCACACCUGGCUCAACAGCUGGAGGAGGAAAAACAGCGAGAAAAAGAAGUGGACAAGCUCCUCGAGGAAGAGAGGGCGAAGAUUUGGGCCAAGAAGGCUGAGCAAAUGCGGUUAGAAAAGGAGGCUAGAGAGCAGCUACUGAGAGAUGUCUUGGAUACGAGACAACUACAGCUUGAGGAGAAAAUGCAGAGAAACGCCAAGGAGCAGGAAGAACUUGCUCAAGAGAAGAAGUUACUCGCCGAAGCCGUCGCAGAACUCAAACGCGUAGAGGAAGAAAAAUAUGCAAGGAGGAGCAGUGGGUGAUGCAAGGAGGACAGGUGGGAGUAAGCCAGCCCCAUGACAUCCCUCUCAGCCAGCUCUCCGGUAUGCAUUUCAUUAUUUUUUCCUCUUUUGCUUUGAAGAGAAGGAUCCGUUUAUAUCCUCAUGCCCUUUCUUGCUCGUGGGCUUUGUGAUUCAGAAAUGUUUCAUCUUCUUUCUCACAUCUUUUCUCUUUGAGCCUUUGUUGGUGCUUAUCUGCAGAUGCUUCUCCUCCUUUUCACCUUCUGCCUUCUCUCCUCCAGUCAUUUUCACCCCUUUCUUCAACUUCCCUCCCUCCCUAAACGUUUCCUCCACCUUCUUCUUCCUCUUCACCUUCUCUUUUCGAUAUUGAGCUCCUUUUUAGCGAGUACCAGGACUCUUGGGUGCUUGUUGUGUGCGAAUGUGAAUGGAGGAGCUGAAAAAUGGCUGGGAUUAGAGCCCAGGUAUCCCAACUCCCCUGCCGAGGUAGUUUCGUCGGUCCAGAGAGCCCAGGCAGCCACAGGUCUCCGCUCUCCCCGCUAGAUAAAAUUGGCAGGAUGAUUAAGAGAUUAAUUUCCUGGACUGCCACAGACUCCUGGUACUGCCCUGCGUAAGCGAUGUGGAUUUUAUUUACCUCCCUGACCCGCGUUUGAAAAAAAAA